AUGGAAGCACAUGCAUACUGCAAGAAGCCAAAGGUUGCGAUAAAAUCCCCCAGCCGCGCACCCACACCAUACGAAACCUACAUUCUGGACUCCAUCCUGAAUGGCAGCCCCGCCCUCGACCAACCACCCAAAUUUCUGAAAGAAAUUCUCACCCCAAAUGAAAUGGCACUCUUUAGUGACCAAAUGCGACUCCAAUACGGCUUCCUCCAGAUACCACUGAAGAUCGCCAUGAAGCUCUCCAACGAAAUGCCGAGCCCAUACCUGGCCCGGCUCUUCUUCCCACUCAACCCGCAGCAAAAUGUCGUUGAGAUGCAAGUCUGCAACACCUUCCGCCAAGACCUUCUGGCAUGCUACGUCCACCCACACGGGCGGAAACUCAUCAUCCAAUUCAAUUCCAAGAGCAAAACCGCACACUUGUGUGACCGAGCCAUCCCUUUCCUGUCCAAACCGGCGGUGCUUCGCCACUACGCCCAUCCCGACGACCCCCACGCCGUCGCACCCACGGUGGACGCGCAACGUAACAUGACGUUCAGCUUCCGGCUCCUCCAAGUCCCCAUCCUUGAACGUGCUCAAAAUGCAGGAAGCGGUGAGCUUGACAUGAACAGCUUUCUCGUUGUCACAGACAGCGAGCUCCGCCCCGCUUGCCUUGCCAACAAGGCCCGCAUCGCCAACAAGGCCCGCAUCGCCAUCGGAUCAACCAACAUCGGCGUGUUUCACUUCCAAGACCACAACAACAUGCCAUGCCGCAAGUGCACCUCCCUUGACCAUCAGGUUGAAAUAUGCACCAGGCUCACGAUCAACCAAGCAGGGGUAGUCACCCUACCCACAGAGCUGUGGGCCAAUAUCGCCGGUCAAACCGUGGCCGAAAACCCCUUCUUUGCCAUGUGGCGCACGAAAUCACGAAAGUUCGUUCCCCCACGCACAGCGGAAUCUCAAACCACCCCAAUGGCAAUUACGCAUGAGACAGGGACUCAGGCAGGCAUGUUAGUCGACUACGGCACCAGCACGGAACGCACCGUCACUGACAGCAGGAUUCAAACCGAUCACGUCCACGCACAACGCCUUCCCAAGGCAGCAGAGCCGACGACAACUUCCCCCCGCCACACUACCACCAACACCUCCGCUCCUACGACACGUACCUUCGAGACCACCCAGGUCGACAUGGACCCGGACGACCUCGACGAGGGGGAUGUCCAUCUCUCUCCACGGCAGUGGGCCUCCUCCCGCAUCAACUCGCCGACAGAUCACGGGGCUGCGGACGUCCGUCUCUCCCCCAGACCAUGGUCCUCCUCUCUCACCACCGGCUUACACACGUACGACGUACAAGACGCCGACACCGACCGCCUCAACCCCUGCCUGCGGUCCUCCUCCCCUACCACCUCCUCUAAGGUCGACAUGGACACCGCGGCUACCCAAACCUCCCUGCAACCGCGACCUACCUCCUCCUCAGGCAGUAGGCUCGGUACACCAUCUACGCUGCAGACACCACCAAACCAACCCGCGACGCUCCACACUGGUGGCAGUGGCAGGGGUCCUGUGUCUCUCGGUGAUCGCACCGACGCCACAGCCCCACUCUUCUCCCUUUUCAGCCAUCCGACGCACCUGGCGACAACAGUUCCUCCCAAUCAGAUUGGGACAUGA